AUGGCUCGGCCGAGCGUGCCGGGCGCGGAGUCAGCUCCGACAGAGGACAAGUGGUACCCACUCGUUCUCGGGGACUCCUUUCGCCCCAACGCACCCGUCCAAUACUACACGCUCCGAUGUGCGUUCGCGCAUGCGCUUAUAACGGGGAUCGGGGAUGCAAUUCGAACUGUGUACCUAGUGGGUGGAAUUCGUGUGUCGGAGACGAUAGUCGAGGUAAAAAAGGAAGGGAGCGGAAGCUCUCCGACCCUUUCCGCCAAACCAACCUCUUCCUCUCGCCCCCCUCCCGUUCCUCUCGCCCACCUCCCGUUCCUCUCGCCCCCCUCCCACGAGUUCAAACCCGCAUCCAUCGAUUCCGCGCGCCCAGGCACGCUGCGGCGGGGCGGGGAGAGCCGCGGGGAGAGCAAGGUGGGCGUGGAGCUUCCGAACAACCAGCCGGGGAAGCCGCCAGUGGAAUUCGAAGGCCACGUGGACCCGUGUCGCGACCAGGAGGGGCUUGUCCUUUUCGACGGGCGCUCCUUCCGCCUGGAGCGCCUGCACUACGCUGUGCGCAACCUGCGCCACAUCCGCCUUGCCAAGGAGAAGCCUGCAGGGACCGCGGGCACUGUGGGCGCGGACGCGGGGGGAGCCGGGGGGGUGGCGGGUGGUGGAGCAGGGGGCGCGGGAGGGGGAGAUAAGGGAGGCGCGGCGGGCGCGGGUUUUGGAAGCGGAGGAGGAGGGGGAGGUGGAGGAGGGUGGAAUUUGAAUUUGGACGAGGGGAAGGGGUUUGGAGGCGCAGGGGUUGGGCAUGGGAGCAGGGAGGGGGAUGUGGGCGCUUCUCCUGGUGGUGCUGGGAGGGGAGAGACUGGUGGCGCAGGGCAAGCAGGGAAGAAGUCACGAGGUAACACUCUCGUCUCUUUUGCCUUAUGCUUCCAGUGGCGCCCCUCUUGUAGUGUCAGUCAGCGGUAUCUAUGCACAAGGGUUUCCCGUGGCGCCUCUCUCUCCCCCACUUUCCCCCAUUUUUCCCUUUGA